CAUAUCUCAUGAGUCCCAACACAUAGAAAAGAACGACAAACAAAACGCAACACAACUCAACUUGAUACGACAUUCCUCUUUGCUUUGGCAGUUCCUUCUCCUUUCUUCUUCUUCUUCUUCUUCUUCUUCUUCAAAGCCACCAUAACAUAACAUAACAUAACCCUCUUUCCUUUUUCUUCAUCCUCAUCCAUCUUACUCAUCAAAAUUCAUCUUCAUCCACAAGCUUAGUCAACACUUGUUGGCUUUUUCUUUGACCCUUUUUUUUCUUCUCUUUAAAUACAUACAGAGAAGAAAGAAAAAGAAAAAAAAAUUAGUGAGGAAAGAUGGAAAUGAUGCUUUCUCGUUUACCUUAUCAUGAUUCCCUCAAACUACUUGAGGCUGAUAUUCACCAUGCCAAUGCUUUGGCUGCUGCAAUUCCAAGAGGCAAGGGUGGAAGUGUUUUCCAAAUGAAAUUGGUUUACAGUCAAUUGGCUCCUCUUUUUUUGUUGUUGUUACAAUGGAUGGAUUGUUCUUGUUCAUGUUUUCUACACAGAUAUCUCAACUUCUUCCAUAUUAUUAUAUACAAGGUACAUAAUGAUGGUAGACCAAGUAUAACUUCUCAUGGAAGGAAAGCAACCAUCCAGGACUUUUAUGCUGUUAUAUUACCGUCUCUCCAGCGGCUUCAUGGUAGUUUGGAGAAGUUGGAGAUUUGUAUGAAAGGACACACUAGCUUGGACGGUCCAAGUUAUGGCAAGAAGAUGAUUGAAGCAAAUGGAAAACUAACCACCAAUGUUGAUUUGGAAAGAGAAGAUGAAUGUGGGAUAUGCUUAGAACCAUGCACCAAAAUGGUUUUGCCUAAUUGCUGCCAUGCUAUGUGUAUCAAAUGCUACCGCAAGUGGAACACAAAGUCAGAGUCUUGUCCAUUUUGCCGCGGGAGCAUAAGAAGAGUUAAUUCUGAGGAUCUAUGGGUACUCACUUGUGAUGACGAUGUAGUUGAUGCCGAAACAGUUUCAAAAGAGGACUUGUUGCGAUUCUACCUUUAUAUCAACAGCUUACCUAAAGAUUACCCAGAUGCACUUUUCUUAAUGUAUUAUGAAUAUCUGAUUUGAUUUUUUUUUUUAAUUGAGUAAGGAGAAAAAUGUACAGAUAGGGAAAUUCAGACUGCAAAUGUGAAUAGAGUCUGGCAAGAAAUUUCCCUAAUCAUGUCAGGUAUGGCUUUGCUAAGAUAGAUUUCUGGAAAUUUGAUCCCAGAAUAACCACUCUUGGCCUAUAUACCGUCUCCUCUGUAGACAAUGUAGAGUAAUAUUAUAUUUAAUUAACUUUGAAGCCUUUGUUUGAGUUGUAGUAAUCAAAGUCUUCUAAGAAAUUGAUUCAGAUAUGAUGAUCCAUUAUCCUUUGUCUGGCA